CCUGUCUCUCUCUGAUGAUCACCUCAUCAUGAGUGGAUCCGCAGCUUUAUGUCCCGUCAACGGUCAGUAGGAAAGCAAAAUCGCCUCCAGUUCCAAUGCUCACCUCCCCAAAGUUCCAUCGCCACGCUUGGGAGGGCAGAGAGAUGAUGCCCCAUCCCAAGAACGAACCGAACCGAAUGCAACCACACGUUUUAACCACAGUAAAGGAGGAGGAUGAGGAGGAGGAGGCACUGGUGCAAUCAAUAGGGUGAGGUGAAUUCAUGGUCUGCGAGGUGUGUGGGAACCAUCAAUCAUCAUCAUUCAUGCAAUAGGCUGGACUGACACUGGUCAUCAUCACUCUCUCUCUCUCUCCAUUUAUCUUUUAUAUAUUGUCCCAUCCUUUCAUUGUCCUGCAGAAAGGCAGUGACACCCACCAGACCAGUCCAGUCCUGCCCCAAAACCCAAAAGCAAAGCUUAGCCAUUUUUGCAAUCCUCUGUUUCUUGCCCCCUUCUUGUUCUUGUUUUCUCAGAACCCGAAACAGCCCCAAAAUCAACGAACCCAGAAGCUGUUGCUGCAGGGAAAGGAAAAUUAGCAAUUUUUAUUUCUUCCUUUAGAGGAAAGGAGGGGGACUUUUUGGUUUGAGUUUGAACCCCUCACCCCUCUUGGGGAAAGUGGAAAUGGGUGAGCAAGAUGAUGGGCUGGGGUUGAGUCUGAGCCUGGGAUGCGCGAAGAGUGCAUUGUCUUUGAACCUCAAUCUCGUGGAAGCUCCUCCGCAGUCCAGGCGGAGUCCUGGGCAAAAGAGUUCUUGGAACGAGGUUUUCCACUCUCCUGAAACAAACUCCGAAACAAGGCCGUUCCUUGGAGGAGUCAGCAUCAACAGAGACAUAGUAGUGGUGGAAUUAGAUGAUGAUAAUCGGGUCUCAUCACCUAACAGCACCGUGUCGAGCAUAAGUGGGAAGAGAAGUGAGAGAGACCCGCAUGGAGACAACGAAGUUGAAGCUGAGAGAACUUCGUGCUCUUGUGAGAGCAUCGAAGAAGAUGGCAGCGGAGGAGAUGCAGCGAGGAAGAAGCUCAGGCUGUCUAGAGAACAGUCGUUGCUGUUAGAGGAGACAUUCAAAGAGCAUAACACUCUUAACCCUAAGCAAAAGCUUGCCUUGGCCAAGCAGCUCAAUCUUAGUCCCAGACAGGUGGAGGUCUGGUUUCAGAACAGGCGUGCCCGGACUAAGACGAAGCAAACCGAGGUCGACUGUGAGUACCUCAAAAGGUGCUGCGACAAUCUUACGCAGGAGAACAAGAGGCUGCAGAAGGAAGUGCAGGAGCUCAGGGCACUGAAGCUGAUCUCCCCACAGCUCUACAUGCAUAUGAACCCCCCCACCACGCUCACCAUGUGCCCUUCAUGUCAGCGAGUGUCUGUUCCUUCCUCAUCAUCAUCAUCUCCAUCUCCAUCUUCAGUCGCUGCCUCAGCAGUUGGCCGCACUGGGCCUGCCCAUAAUCCAUCUAGUCCGUCUGGAGCAUCCAUCAGCCCUUGGGCAAGGCUACAGAUGCGACAAGGACUGAACAAUUUGCACUCUUAAUGGCUUCUCUGACAUUUGCACGGCGUGUGCCCAAGGCGUAAAGCAAAGAGUAUCAGCUCAUCCACUGACGAUACAUUAGCAGAUUAUGACGUAGAAGGAUCGAAUGACUAGCAAAAUAGACCGUCUACCGUGCUUUUUGCUGAUAAUAGGACAUUGAUUGCUGGGAUAGAGAAAUCUUCUCCCUGUAUGUAGGGUCGAAAACGCAAAGGGAAAGGAAAAGGUGAGCGUUUAGUUGUUCAUGGAUCUUGUUCACUUUGGUAAUUUGAUGAUCUAUCAUGAUGCGGGUGAUUGUGGAACCUAUUCGAAUGUUGAGUAAUCAUGGUCUCAUCUACCAUGUUGGGUCAUAA